CAAGCCCCUUCACCACGAGCUCAGCUCCGCCCUCUGCUCUGACUGGCAGUAGAGCUCCUCCAGGCUCUCGGCUCGGAAAAGCCUCGGAGCACCUCGAGGCCCCGCCUCCCGGGCUCUGCUCCGCCCCCUUCUCUGACUGAGUAGGGAUCACCUGGCUGCCCUGUCCCGUUCGGCCCCGCAUUCCGCUAAGAAAGCGUCCCACGCACCUUGGAUCCACUCAGGUCCCCCGAGACUGGCUACUGCAGGUGCCAUGACGGUGCCUGUGUUCUUCGGUUGCGCCUUCAUCGCCUUCGGGCCCGCGCUCGCUCUUUACGUCUUCACCAUCGCCACCGACCCUUUGCGCGUCAUCUUCCUCAUCGCCGGUGCUUUCUUCUGGUUGGUGUCUCUUCUGCUUUCAUCCAUGUUUUGGUUCCUAGUGAGAGUCCUUACUGAUAACAGAGAUGGACCAGUACAGAAUUACCUGCUCAUCUUCGGAGUGUUGCUCUCUGUCUGUAUCCAAGAGCUGUUCAGGUUCGCAUAUUAUAGGCUGUUAAAAAAAGCCAAUGAGGGUUUGAAAAGCAUAAAUCCUGAGGAAGAAACAGCACCCUCCAUGCGACUGUUGGCCUAUGUUUCUGGCUUGGGCUUUGGAAUCAUGAGUGGAGUGUUUUCCUUUGUGAACACCCUGUCUAACUCCUUGGGGCCAGGCACAGUGGGCAUUCAUGGUGAUUCUCCUCAGUUCUUCCUUAAUUCAGCUUUCAUGACGCUGGUUAUCAUAAUGCUGCACGUGUUCUGGGGUGUGGUGUUUUUUGAUGGCUGUGAGAAGAAUAAGUGGUACAUCCUCCUCACAGUUCUCCUGACGCAUCUGGUGGUGUCCACCCAGACCUUCCUAAGUCCUCACUAUGAAGUGAAUCUGGUGGCAGCAUAUAUAAUCAUGGUGCUCAUGGGCAUCUGGGCAUUUUAUGUUGCUGGAGGAAGCUGCCGGAGCUUGAAGCUCUGCCUGCUCUGCCAAGACAAGGACUUUCUUCUUUACAACCAACGCUCCAGAUAACCUCUGACAGUUGGCACCUCCAAACAGCAGCCUGCGUCUUUAGAGGAAGCACAACUGAGCCCUGUUCUAAAAAGCUCCUUCCUCUUGGAACUUUGAAGCAGCAGAACUGUCUAGCCUGGAACUGUCCUGUGCUUUCACACAGCAACCUCUGGAAGAGCUGCAGUGUGGCCUGCAGCCUGGCUGCACAUCUGAGGCAUCUGGGAAAACAAAGACUGAUGCUUCUGGGCUUCUCCUCCAGACUCGAUUAUCCUGGAUGUGUGGUACAGCUGAGAGUCACUGGAGUCCAAUGGAAAGUCCCAGAGAACACCCAAAGGUUGUUCAGUAUUGGUCUCCUGAGCCAACUUCAGCUGAGCAAGUAAAUUUCUGAAUGUGGUAA